UAUUAUUAUUGUUUUUAUUAUUAUAAAACAGCACACUUUGAUGCUCAUCAAAGGGCUUUUACUUUGAAAUGCAUAAACGGAAACGCAGACUUUUAUUUUGACUGGCUAACUUCCUUGGUUCCCAUGUGUAUGUUUUCGGGCGGAGGCGUAACAUAAGUGCAAAUGGUGGAGAGAUGGGUCAAAUCGAGGAGCUAAAAGUGUUUGUCUCCGAGCGGCUACAUGCUGCCGCCUCUGACAUUUUAGGUGCUAUUGAAAAGACAAUAACGGAUUACGAGGAGCGGGCUUCCCGUCUGAAGGAGGAAAACGACCGCCACCGCUCUCUGUUGGACAUCAUCCUCAAAGCCAAGACACCGCGUACAGAAGCACAUCAAGCCUCCAAAAGUACCCAUGCUGCCGCCAGCUCAGGUGCAUCAGAUUCAAGUCCAAGGCCUGAGAAACCCAAGUCCAGGACCAGAGCAUCGCACUUCCAUUCCAGGGACUGGCAGUGGGCCUUCACUUCACGCACCGACUUUAUAAAGUUUGCAGCCAUUGGCGACUGUCCCUACUGCUUGAGGAGAAUUCAAGCCACUGAGACACAUUUGAUAAAGAAACAUUAUCUAAAUGCUGUCCAUUUUAAUGAGGACGGCACUGAAAAAUUUGUCAUACCAUGUACAUGCGAAGACUUGAUUCAGGGCAGAAGUCACUGGCACUGCCCAUACUGCACAAAGAUCAUCAAUCGGAGAUGUAACUUUGAGAUACACAUAUCUAAACAACACGGCUCUAAAAUACUGCAGCAAAGCCAAGACACAGAGGUCAAUCAGCCCUCUGUCUCUGCCUUUGAGGAGGAGGUACCCCUGAGUCCUGAAACCUGGAGCCAGCAGUUCAGCAGUCUGAACCAGGAGACCCACCAGGCCUCACUGCUGCUUCAAGUCAAACAAGAGGAAGAACAGGGAAUGUGUAGACAAGUGAGUCAUGCUGAGUGGCAGAACUCUGUGCAAGUGGAGAUUGAAGGCAAGCAAAAGCUGAAAGGCAACAGUCAAAUGAGUCUGGAGGUAGAUCACGCCCAAGAACCAUUAUACAACAUCAUCUGCGUGGACACUUGUAUUCAAGAUGUCAGUGAAAUCAACAGUGUGCAAAGCAGCGAGGAACAUCAUCUUCCUAAUUCUUCAAAUCAACCUCUGGAAACACAGCCUUACAGUGGAGCUGGUGGAAUACAGCAGCCAGCUGAGGACUCUCAGCACACGACACCUGGCUCUAGUUUAAAGAGGAAAAAGCAUGUGAAAAAAUCUUCACCCUCUCUGAGUAAGAAAUCAACACAACCAUCUGUCAGUCAGAAUCCCCCAGGUCCUUAUCGUUGUAAAGCAUGUGGAGAGACUUUCCAUAACAUGUACACACUGAGGGGACACACGGUAUCACACAUAGUGGAUGAAACCUGUAUUUGUGGAAUCUGUGGAAAACAUUUAGAGACCACAGACAGUUUGUUCCAGCACCUUCAGUUCCACGCAAAGAGAUACAAAUGUGGUAUAUGUGGCAAACAAUUUUCUAGUAGCUUCCGUCUGAUACAACAUAAGAGAUUUCAUAGACUGAAGGGUGUAAAUGUCACGUCAUAGUCUCAAAAACUACACGAGCGGAUUCCUACAGACGUCCUAAAUGAAUCGAAAAGGGCUGUGAUUAUUGUUUCCUGAUGGACUAUGUGGGAGAUACCACUCCAGUUGUGUACAUAUGGGAGGAGGAAUACUUCAGCCCCAGUGGUUGUUGGUGUUAAUUGUAUAUCAUUGUAUUCAUAUGCAAUUUUGUAGACUUGAAUUAAUAAAAUUUAAACUGUC